AAUGAUCCGAUAGCCUUCUCUUUUUGCUCUCCUAUCUGCGGCACCUCGGAUCUCACACAAUGGCGUCUGCCGUCUUCUUUCUCGACCUCAAGGGCAAGACCCUUCUGGCGCGCAACUACCGGGGAGACAUUCCCAUGUCAGCGGUUGAAAAGUUUCCUGUCCUGCUCAGCGAGGCCGAAGACGAGAGCUCCGCCGUCCCCCCAUGCUUCUCCAGCGAAGGCAUCAACUACCUCUACAUCCGCCACAACAACCUUUACCUGCUUGCUCUCACCAAACGAAACACCAAUGCCGCCGAAAUUCUCCUGUUCCUGCACAAAGUGGUCGAGGUCUUUACAGAGUACUUCAAGGAACUUGAGGAGGAGAGUAUAAGGGACAAUUUCGUCGUUAUCUACGAGCUGCUGGAUGAAAUGAUGGACUUUGGAUACCCGCAGACAACGGAAACCAAAAUCUUACAAGAGUACAUUACGCAGGAAUCGCACAAGCUCGAAGUCCAAGCACGGCCGCCUAUCGCAGUCACAAACGCCGUCAGCUGGCGAAGCGAAGGCAUCCGAUACCGCAAAAACGAAGUGUUCCUCGACGUUAUCGAAUCGCUCAACCUGCUUGUUUCUGCGACGGGCAGCGUCCUGCGGUCUGAGAUUCUAGGUGCUGUCAAGAUGAAGUGUUAUCUCUCAGGUAUGCCUGAGCUGCGACUGGGAUUGAACGACAAGGCUAUGUUUGAGACGACAGGAAGAGCCACACGGGGGAAGGCCGUCGAGAUGGAGGACGUUAAAUUCCACCAAUGCGUGCGAUUAUCGAGAUUCGAAAACGACCGAACAAUUAGCUUCAUUCCACCCGAUGGCGAAUUUGAGUUGAUGAGCUACCGCUUGAACACACAGGUCAAGCCUCUCAUCUGGGUCGAGUGCAUAGUAGAGAGCCAUUCAGGCAGCAGGAUAGAGUACAUGUUGAAGGCACGAGCACAGUUUAAGCGACGAAGCACAGCAAACAACGUCCAAAUCUCGAUACCCGUUCCAGAGGAUGCAGACACGCCACGAUUCCGGACCAACAUUGGUACCGUACACUAUGCGCCUGAGACGUCGUCGAUAGUGUGGAAGAUUAAGCAAUUCGGCGGCGGCAAGGAGUUCCUCAUGCGCGCUGAGUUGGGAUUGCCAUCUGUGCGCGGUGACGAUGAGAAAGGCGGUGGUAUGAUGGGAGGCUUUGGUGGCAGCAUGGGUGGCGUUGGGGCUGGAAAGGCGAAGAGGCCUAUCAACGUCAAGUUUGAGAUUCCAUACUUCACCACGUCGGGUAUUCAAGUGCGGUAUCUGAAGAUUAUCGAACCAAAGCUGCAAUACCCAUCAUUGCCAUGGGUGCGCUACAUCACACAGUCAGGCGACAUUGCUGUGCGAUUACCGGAUGUGAACUAGAAGCUGGGCCGUUGGGCGGAGAGGAAGAGAAUACCAACAUGUUGGAGCGUGACAGGCUGGUGUGCUCCGAGUCGAUAUGCAUUAUGACGGCAUUUGCGAAGGGCUCGACUGUAGUUCACGCAUUCCAAACAAGCAAUUCACUCGGAUCGUGCCGAAUACAUGCCUGCACUCGAUGCGAUGCACAUGUACCAAGCUUUCCCACGUCGGUAUCAUAGGCACAGUAGGUGUACACCGGAAUGCAGGUCAGC